AUGGCCCUGGAUCUCCUGGCGAUGACCCUGGGGCACUCAGUGAUGUCUCUGGGAUGCCUGGUGAAGGCAUGGCUGUGUUCUGCUGCUCCUACCCAAUGUAACGACGUGUUGCGUUAUUCUGACAGGUCUGCAAAUGUCACCCAUGAAGUCAUCAAUGCCACCCUCCACACUACGCUUGCUGCUACUACCAAAUUGGUGGUUCCUACACCUGCUAAACCCAUCCUUCCGGUUCAGACUGGAGUCCAAGCACAGCAAGAGGAGCAGUCUAGUGGCAUGACUAUUUUUUUUAGUCUUCUUGUAUUAGCUAUCUGCAUCAUAUUGGUGCAUUUACUGAUAAAAUACAGACUUCAUUUUUUACCAGAGAGUGUGGCUGUUGUUUCUUUAGGUAUCCUCAUGGGAGCUUUUAUAAAAAUCAUAGAGGCUCAAAAGCUGGCCAACUGGAAGGAGGAAGAAAUGUUUCGUCCAAAUAUGUUUUUUCUGCUUUUGCUUCCACCUAUUAUAUUUGAAUCUGGAUAUUCAUUGCACAAGGGUAAUUUUUUUCAGAACAUUGGUUCCAUCACUCUCUUUUCUGUGUUUGGCACUGCAAUAUCAGCUUUCAUUGUAGGUGGAGGAAUUUACUUUUUGGGCCAGGCUGAUGUAAUUUAUAAACUCAACAUGACAGACAGUUUUGCAUUUGGCUCUUUAAUAUCUGCAGUUGACCCGGUGGCUACUAUUGCCAUUUUCAAUGCUCUCAAUGUGGAUCCGGUGCUUAACAUGUUGGUUUUUGGAGAAAGCAUUCUCAAUGAUGCAGUUUCUAUCGUCUUGACUAACACAGCGGAAGGUUUGACAAGAGAAAAUAUGUCAGAUGUAAGUGGAUGGCAAACCUUUCUACAGGCACUGGGAUAUUUUCUUAAGAUGUUCUUUGGCUCUGCAGCACUUGGCACACUUACUGGCCUUAUUUCUGCAUUAAUGCUAAAGCACAUUGAUUUAAGGAAGACCCCCUCUCUGGAGUUUGGGAUGAUGAUCAUCUUUGCUUACCUUCCUUAUGGACUUGCAGAAGGUAUCUCACUCUCAGGUAUCAUGGCAAUCCUCUUCUCUGGCAUUGUGAUGUCUCACUAUACACAUCAUAAUCUGUCCCCAGUCACACAGAUUUUAAUGCAGCAGACACUGAGAACCGUUGCUUUUAUGUGUGAAACGUGUGUUUUUGCUUUUCUUGGCCUGUCAAUUUUUAGUUUUCCUCACAAGUUUGAAAUGUCCUUUGUCAUCUGGUGCAUAGUACUUGUUCUGUUUGGUAGAGCAGUGAAUAUUUUCCCACUUUCCUACCUACUCAACUUCUUCCGUGAUCAUAAAAUCACCCCCAAGAUGAUGUUUAUUAUGUGGUUUAGUGGUUUACGUGGCGCAAUUCCCUAUGCUCUCAGCCUCCAUUUGGGCUUGGAACCAAUAGAGAAGAGGCAGCUCAUUGGGACUACAACAAUCAUCAUUGUGUUGUUCACAAUUUUGCUGCUGGGAGGAGGAACCAUGCCCCUUAUCAGACUGAUUGACAUUGAGGACUCCAAAGCACGCAGGAGGAACAAGAAGGACAUUAAUCUUAGCAAGACAGAGAAGAUGGGGAAUACUAUAGAAUCUGAACAUUUGUCAGAACUCACAGAGGAGGAGUAUGAAGCCCAGUACAUAAAACGCCAGGACCUCAAAGGGUUUAUGUGGUUUGAUGCUAAGUAUUUGAAUCCUUUCUUCACCAGACGACUGACACAAGAAGACUUGCAUCAUGGCCGCAUACAGAUGAAAACCCUCACAAAUAAAUGGUAUGAAGAGGUACGACAAGGACCCUCAGGCUCUGAAGAUGAUGAGCAAGAGCUGUUAUAGCAAACUGGGGAAGGAGUACGAGUUUGUCAUUAGAGCAUCAACAGCUAGAUUUAAGUAACAAGAAUCUGACUGCACAAAAGCUCAAGAAUUCAGAAUGAACCUUCUGAUUUCAAACUUGUGCUGUUUAGAUAUCAAAAAGAUCUACUGUUCUUGAUUUUACUAGUGAGUGAGAGAACCUCUUAACACUGUCAGAAGCUGGACACCAGAAUUUUUCAGAUUUUACAGCAUAGUAAAUGUCUUGCAGCCUAUUAAGAUGCAGAAACAUCUACCUUGAACUAAAGAUGUUGUUUAAUGUGGGGUCUUCCUAUUAUGAAAUGGGCUGUAAAUGCAUGCUGAAGUUCAGAGUUCAUUGUAUGACUCUGCAAAACACGAUGAAUUGCACUUUACCUUUUUUUAAUACUCAUUCACAGCAUGGAGAGGCUUGAUGGCUUAUACUGUGAAUUUGUUUCAGCACUAGUAAGGGAAUCUGUGAGGAAUAAAUUUAUAAUUUAUGGGUUUUGCACGUUACAAAUGCAGAGCAGAUAUUGAGUACCUUGACAAAAGCAGAUGCGGCAUGUAUAAGGAAGCACCUCUUGAAACUGAUUGUUUUGGAAUUUAAAAACUCCUGCAUUUCUGUUUUGUGGUUUUUGUUUUUUUUACACUGAAGUAGUAUAAUCCACAGUACUAAUUGUGGCAUGAUUUAUUGGGAGAGGGUAUUAUAUGACACAGUAGAGAACUGCUUUUGAAAUAACUUUUUUAAACACUUUUUUUUUUUUUUUGUUAAAACCAGUUGCAUUUAGGUUUCUAUGAUAAGUGGUUGCUCCUUGUUAGCACUUUGGCUUCAAGUCUUAGGAAGCAGCAGCUUUUAUAUAUAAAUUCAUGAAACAUCCCUAACAUUCUCAAGAAAGCACAAACAGAAUUUUGGAGUUGUAAUGGAAGCAAAAGCACUGUUUUCCACGUCACUAUUUUGAGGAACUGCAUGUGUGCAUGGGGAAGGGGAGUCUACAAAAUCUAAUCGAGGUAUAGAAGAGUUUAAUAUUGCACAUUGCUGAAGCAUCCUCAGUUGGGAAGUGCCAAACAGUUUUCAUUAAGUUGUCCUGCUAGUUUGAUUUUUCUCUACUGCUGCUUCAAAAUCAGCAGCACUUCACUUUUUCUGUGUGGCAUGGUCCGUUUGUUCAAAACUGCAUACACCUGAACAGACACAUUUAUUAUAAAUUUGCCACGGUUACACAUGCAGGAGUUUUCUCACACUGCCAGUCCUAUUUGUCUCAUUAGUGUAUUCAUUGUCAAAAUUUGAAACUGCAGUUCUGAGUGUACAUCAGGCAUGCAUGUGUACAUAUCUCUUUCUGAAAGUAAUAUAUUUGGUUUGGUUUUGUUACCGGAGUUUUUAAAUCAACUGCUUACCUUUUGGGAGAAAUAAAAGGUUCAAGAAUGUAUUUAGAAACGCAAGUCGGUGUUUUCUGAGCAGUUUUUCAAAACAGUACAUCUCAUUACAGGACUCCACUCUUCCCCCGUUUUUUCCUGGUAGUUCAAAGAACUUACUCUCUCCUAAUCAACCAUGAAACUCAUUUCCUUCCUCUGUUUGCAAAUAGCAUGGCAUCUCACAGAGCUGAAACAGGCACUGGUGGCAGCCUGGAUGAGGCACGAACUCAGAUGGUUUCUGGUGCUGACCAGCCAGAAAAGAAUCAAUACUUGUUUUUUCCUUAGGAAAGAGAAUAUAUAUAAAAAUCACACAGACUUUCUUCACCCUUGGCAACUGUAAUUUCAUUACAUUUGUUACCCCCAUCAGUCCUACUUGGUUUCUUGAUUUGAAUAUUUAAGACACACAAAUCCAGAUUAUAGUACUAUGGAGGAUGUGUACGUGAGUAUUCUGCGUUAUAAUAAUGUUUGUUCAGUGCAAGCAAAGGUGGUUUUUUUUAAACAGAAUGAUAAAUUUCACCCAGUGAGAACCAGUCUAUGCUGUCAAGGCCAACAGAGUCUGAGGCUGCUAACUCUGGAGUUUGUUUUCGCCGAUGUUUAUGCUAUUCAUCUGCAAGAGACAAGUAGGCAUUGUCCAGCUUUCCUUUCCUUGCCUUAUACCACAAGUGCAGGCCAGAGCAAGGAUGCUCUGUAGACUGUGCUGCCAGUGGUGUCAGAGACUGACCCUGGUUCGAUAUUUUUCCUGUCCAGUCCAGGAGCUGGUUGAAGUGGGGAAGGUUCCUAGGAGCUUCUUGGUCACCAAAACAUCCAUGUACAUUGGUCGAGUGGUCUAGAUGCUAUUACAGUGGCUUCAGUGGUAUGCAAGACACAUGCUGAAAUACAAAACAGCCACUAACUUAUAUUGUUAUUCUGGUGAAAGAUGUCAUCUGCCAUCUGAGUGAAAGAUCUGUGCUGAUGAUCAGGCACAGGCUACCUUCCUUCAGGACAAAUUGAUCGUUUUCUGCCCUCUGCUGGCAAUUUGGGAAAAUACAUUGACAUCUAAUUUGAGAGUCAUUUGCUGAGAAAUUUUUUUUACGUUAAAUUGCAGCAAUUAACUGAUACAGCUAGAAUUAAU